GGCGUGUCCAAACGUCACUUCCGUCAAAAAUACAACAAACGAUAAAUCCGGCAAUGCUCUGCGUGCUCUGCUAAAUCGGGCAUUUCGAUGUUAUAACUGUGUUAAACUCAUCCCAAGAUUCGACUGGCACCCUUAUCCCUCCAGACUCUUGGUGGCAGGUUCGUCACUCAUGGAGCCCUCCACCAAGCCUGGAAACAACCAGGUGGCUGAUGUGGUGUUCGUCAUCGAGGGGACGGCAAAUCUUGGACCCUACUUUGAAUCUCUGAGAAAAAAUUACAUCCUACCAGCAAUCGAAUAUUUCAAUGGAGGGCCUCCAGCAGAAACAGAUUUUGGUGGAGAUUAUGGAGGAACGCAGUACGGCUUGGUGGUGUUCAACACAGUGGAUUGUGCUCCAGAGUCGUACGUCCAGUGUCACGCGCCAACAAGCUCUGCCUACGAGUUUGUGUCGUGGAUCGACAGCAUCCAGUUCAUGGGAGGUGGAGCAGAAAGCUGUAGUCUUAUAGCAGAGGGACUCUCUGUGGCCCUGCAGCUCUUUGACGACUUUAAGAAGAUGAGGGAGCAAAUAGGUCAAACCCACAAGGUGUGUGUGCUGCUGUGUAACUCUCCUCCUUACCUGCUUCCUGCUGUGGAGAGCGUCACCUACACGGGCUGCACAGCAGACAACCUGGUUAAAAUCAUCAGAGAUAGAGGAAUUAAUUUCUCUGUGGUCGCCCCUCGCAAACUGCCCGCUCUGAGGUCUUUAUUUGAACGGGCGUCUCCAGUGGGAGGUGCUGUUGAACCCCAUCCAGACUACAGUCAGGACCCCUUCCACAUGGUCCUGGUCAGAGGCAUCUCGCUUCCUGUUUCCUUAGGUGGAGGUCCUGGGCCGCUCAAACCCGUCCUCCCCCCCUCGCCUAACAGUCAGCCUCUUGGUGGAGCAUCUCAGCCUCCUCCACCCAUAAAUGCAAACCAUCCAUACCAGAAUCCGGCCGCCAUGAGUGCUGCUCAGGUGGCUGCACAGAUGGCUGUGGAGGCAGCGAACAGCCAGAAGAGUCGCUUCCCAGGAAUGGUCAGUCAAGGUUCUCCGUUCACAGGCCAGCCAACCAUCCCGUCGGUGCCCGGGGUGAAGCUCAAUCAGCUCAGCAUAUCUACGGUCACGACGGGGACUCAGCCCCUGAUGCCACAGCAACAAGUUCCUCCCAAUCAGCAGCAAGCAGUCCCGCCCCCAGGGCAGCCUGUGCCCAAUCAACAGCAGCAGCAGAUGCCACCUCAGCAGCAGCAGCCCCUACCAAAUCAGCCCACGGUGCCUUCAGCCCAGCCCAACAUGGCUGGUGUGUCUGGAGCUCCAGGCAAUGCGAAUCCCAUUGGACAGCCGCAAGGUGUGGCCAAUAAGAUUGUAGCUUGGACCGGCGUUCUGGAGUGGCAGGAGAAGCCUAAAGCCUCUUCCAUGGAUUCAACAACCAAACUGACGCGCUCCCUGCCAUGUCAAGUGCAUGUUAACCAAGGAGAAAAUCUAAACACGGACCAGUGGCCGCAGAAGCUCAUCAUGCAGCUGAUUCCACAGCAGCUCCUGGCAACCUUAGGUCACCUCUUCAGAAACUCCCGAAUGGUUCAGUUUCUCUUCACCCACAAAGACAUGGAGUCGCUGAAAGGCCUGUACCGCAUUAUGGCCAAUGGUUUUGCCGGCUGCGUCCACUUCCCCCACACCACCUCACCCUGUGAAGUGCGGGUGCUGAUGCUGCUCUACUCCUCCAAGAAGAGAAUCUUCAUGGGCCUCAUCCCCAACGACCAGAGCGGAUUCGUCAACGGCAUCCGGCAGGUCAUCACCAACCACAAGCAGGUCCAGCAGCACAGAGCGCAGUUAGGAGGAGCCGGCGGUCCCAUGCAGCCCGGUCAGGUUGCCCCCAACCAGAACUUCCUCAACAGGCCUGCUGGCCCCAUCCCUGUCUCCCAUGGCAACGUCCAGCAGCAGUCUGUGGUGGUGGGCAUGCCCCCUGUUAGUCAGGUCUCUAUGAUGGAGGAGCAGCAGAGGCAGAACAACAUGAUGACGAUGAGAGCAGCCGGACCAGCCAAUCAACAACAGCCUGGCGGCGGUGCUCCACCCAACCAGGUAGCACAAGGCGGACAAGCCCAGGCCCAGGGUCCCAUACUCCGCCUCUCAAAUCCAGGAGCCAAUCCCCAGCUCCGCAGUCUUCUCCUCAGCCAACAGCAACCACAGGGCGGGGUGUCUCACAUGCCAGGCAUGAUGUCUCACCAGGGACUCGGGCAGCAGUUGGUCCAUCAGGCACCAGGAGGGGGGGCUCAAAUGCAGGGCCAGUGGAGGCAGCCAUUGGCAGGUCAGAUCCUGAUGUCUGGAGGUCAGAGAGGUGCUGUUCCCCAGCCCGGGAUGCCCCAAGUCUCCAGUGUUAUGGAGGAUGAAAUCCUCAUGGACCUACUCUGAGCGAGCGUACUGGACUCUGGAAUAGAUUUUUUUUAUAUAUUUUUUUUAGUUGAAUCUUGGCAGCAUUUUUUGCCAGUUUGGACACAUGCAUCCGCUCGGUUGCUUUAUUGCUACAAAUGUUCAACAUAAUUAAGGAACAAAUCAUGAGUAGUUCCCUUUUUUUUCUUCUUCUUUUCACGGGACUGAGCAGCUGAAGUUAAUUAGGGGCAGACAAUGCGAGCAUUAGUUUUUCAUGUAAAUGGUCAAACCGACAGCACGCUAAUCCUCCACUCUGAAGAAAGCCAACCAGUGGAAAGAGACAAUUAUGAAAAACCUCCUGCAAACUCCACUUUUCUAUACAUUGUAUCAUUGACAUUUGAAAUACUGUUUUUUUUUCUUUUUAAUUAAGAUUUUACAAUUUCUGUUUCAUUUGUUGCUGUUUUUUAAAUCAAG